GUGCAGGAGUCCCUCCCCAGCUUCGGAUUCUUUUUCUCUUCGCUGCCCGGAAAAGGACAUAUUCUAACCUUGUUUCCGCGCCAGCACCCCAGACUCGAAGCCGGCGGGGAUCGACUCGCUCUCGUUUGACGUGCACGGUCUCGGACUCCCCUCGCCAGCCCUCUUGUCAGUCUCCUGCCACCUCUCCUCCUCCCCCUCCUCGUCGCUGACAGCCAUGUACAGGCACACCCCGCACUCGUCCGACGCGGAGACGGAUUACAGCCACGAGCGGCGCAUGUCCAGUUCCGCCGCGUCCGACUGCAGUCUCCACUCCCGCCCCGAAAAGCGUUCGUUUGACUACUCCCCCUCCGCCUCCCCCGUCCCCAAGAAGACGCGCUCCGAGCUCGCCGCAGAGCCCCACUCCUGGUCACCACAGCCCACCGCCACCACCACCACCCUCGCCACCGUCGACGACGACGCCCGCAGCGAGCUCAGCGGCAACAGCCCCCGGGUCCAGCUUCCCAGCAUCGCGUCUGCCUUCCAGGACCGCCACGAGUUCCGUCGUGCUUCCCUGCCCUCGACGCUCCACGACUCGACGGGAUCAAAUCGCCUCCGGCUGCCCACCCCGACCUCGUCUCUCCACCGCAGCUCCCAGUCCCACUCGGGCCUCUCGUCGUACCAGUUCCCGUCGCCGUCGGACGCCGAUCACGCCCACGAGGACACCCGUCGGCCCCGUCUCACCGCCGACACCCAGAUCCCGCUCUAUCCAGGGGACUAUUCGGUCCCGAGCAGUGCCUUUUCGGGCUCAUUUUCCGGCAACUCACCGCUCUCGGGCGCGACUUCCGUUUCUGACGAAAGUUGGGCGCCAGGCAUCGUCCGCCCCGCCUCCACGCCGAACCGGGUCCACACAGCCGCCGGGUCUCCGAGCCUCAAGUACAGCGACGACCGCCAGGGCAGCGCACAGGCUCUCUACGGCGGCGUCACACGCAUCGCCGGCCAGCAUCACCACGCUUCCGCCCCCACCGACCGUCCGAGGCCGCUCGUCAAGACCGAAGGUGACUGGGCCGCGUUCGGCUCUUCCGACUACGCCUCCAUGUCGUCUGUGAACGCCCCCAGCGGGCUCGUGAGUGCGGGCGCGCCCGCGAUCAACGUCAACGGCUCGCCGACGCGCUCGCCCCAGCAGCAGCACCAGCAGCAGGCCCCGCCGCCGAGCCUCGUCGAGCGGCCGCCGCGCAAGCGGGGCAAGCUGCCCAAGCCUGUCACGGACUACCUCAAGGACUGGCUCCACCGCCACUCGGACCACCCGUAUCCGAGCGAGGAGGAGAAGAAGGCGUUGUGCAACGCCACAGGCCUCAGCAUGUCCCAGGUGUCCAACUGGAUGAUCAACGCACGCCGCCGCAUCCUCGCGCCCGCACGCGUGGCCGCAGGGCCGCAGACGAACCUCCCGUACGCGACGCCGGCGCGGCCGAGCCUGCUCGACGGCGGGCGCCGCGCGUCGAUGCCCGCCGACGGGCUGACGCUCUACCACCCGAUGUCGCUGCAGUCGCUGCCCGAGUACGCGCUCGGGAGCAGCACGCGGCACAUGGUCGGCAUGACGCGGAGCAUGAGCAGCAGCCACGCCUCGGCGGGCGCGCUGGGCGCGUCGUCGGGCGGCGCGCAGCACCACCACCACCACCACCAUCCGUACGCGCUCGACGCGAGCUACACGCGGCUGCCGUAUGGCGCGGGCGGCGCGCUGCACCCGUCGGCGCACGUCGGCGGGACGGGCACGGGCGGCGGCGGCGGCGGACAGCAGAGCUACCUCGGCGUGCCGCUGAGCGCGCCCGCGAGCAUGGGCGGCGGGAGCCCGUUUGGGAGCCAGAGCGCGAUGUACCAGGGCAGCUACAGCCGCGUGUCGUCUGAGGGCGGCAACGGCGGCGCGGCGCAGGGGCACCAGCAGCAGCACCAUCAACAGCACCAGCAGCAGCAGCAGCAUCAUCAGCAGCACCAUCAGCAGCAGCACCAGCAGCAGUACGCGUUCCCCGAUCACGGGCACUCGGUCUCGCCCCAGCCGGGGUCGGGAUACACGACGCCGCACUAG